UCCUCCUCCUCCUACAGAGAGCCGCUCUUCUGACCGCCGCUGCCCGUCACGCCUCGGAGUCACAGCAUACGGACACCGGCCUCAUGCGCCCUCACACCUGUUCCCUGCAUUCUGUGAAACGGCAGCAGAGGAGUUGUUCUCCGCAUGGUGUUGAGCACAGCUGGGAACCUCGGCGCCUAUGCCACCUCGGUGUGUGUACUGUAGUCCUUUCCUGCUGAACAGCCGAUAGAAACAGGAGGCUGCAGGCGCGCUCGCUCGGACCGGGAGGAGAACACCAUGAAGUUUGCGGUCCUCCUCCUUCUCUUCUUUCCUCUGGCCCUCGCCGACAUCAACGCGCCGAGUGAGUUUGUGUCCUUGGCGGAGAUGGAGGACACCCUACUGAAGAACCUUUUCCAAGGCUACCAGCGCUGGGUCAGGCCCAUCCAGCACGUCAAUGACACUAUUAGGGUACGCUUCGGACUCAAGAUCUCCCAGCUGGUUGAUGUGGAUGAGAAGAACCAGCUAAUGACAACUAAUGUAUGGCUCUGCCAGGAGUGGAUUGACUACAAGUUACGAUGGAAUCCAGACAAAUACGGAGGAAUUACUUCUAUCAGAGUCCCCUCUGAAAAUAUUUGGCUCCCAGACAUCGUCCUCUAUGAGAAUGCUGAUGGGAGGUUUGAGGGCUCCCUGAUGACAAAAGCCAUUGUCAAGUUUAAUGGUGCCAUCACCUGGACGCCACCUGCAAGUUACAAAUCUGCAUGCACUAUGGACGUCACCUUCUUCCCAUUUGACCGCCAGAACUGCACCAUGAAGUUUGGUUCCUGGACAUAUGAUGGUAACAUGGUGGACCUAGUCCUGAUAGACAACCAGGUAGACCGGAAGGACUUCUUCGAUAAUGGGGAGUGGGAGAUCCUUAGUGCCACUGGUGUCAGAGGAAACCGGAAGGACGACAUGUAUUCAUACCCCUUUCUCACAUAUUCUUUCAUUCUGAAGAGGUUGCCGUUGUUCUACACCCUCUUCCUCAUCAUCCCAUGUUUGGGUUUGUCCUUUCUUACUGUCCUGGUGUUUUACCUUCCCUCGGAUGAAGGAGAGAAGCUGUCACUCUCCACUUCUGUCCUUGUGUCACUCACUGUGUUCCUCCUGGUCAUAGAAGAAAUCAUCCCUUCCUCCUCCAAGGUAAUCCCGCUCAUUGGAGAAUACCUGCUGUUCAUCAUGAUCUUUGUAACACUGUCAAUCAUUGUCACUGUCUUUGUCAUCAACGUGCACCACCGCUCCUCAGCCACCUACCACCCCAUGUCCCCGUGGGUCCGUAAUCUCUUCCUUCAGAAACUCCCAAAGUUGCUCUGCAUGCGUGGACACACUGACCGCUAUCACUACCCAGAGCUGGCUCCUGAAAGCCCCGAGCUCAAACCUCGCUCUGGAGGUCGGAAAGGAGGCCAGAGGGCGAGCAGCGGAGGUCAAGGACAGAAAACUUCUGAUGGGAAGGAGGACGAGGCCUGGGCGACCAUGUUGGACAAGGCUAUCUACUCAGUGCGUUACAUCAGCAGACACAUCCGCAAGGAACACUUCAUCCACGAGGUGGUACAAGACUGGAAGUUUGUAGCCCAGGUGUUAGACAGGAUCUUCCUGUGGGCUUUCCUCACCGUUGCAGUACUGGGCACUGUCCUCAUCUUCACUCCAGCUCUGUACAUGUUUUUUAAAAUCCCUCCUCCGACUGCAAGUGAGGAUCCACCUUCAAACUAGUUCUGUAGCAAUAGCGCACAUCUUUCACUGAUGAGCCACCUUCAAAAAUCUAUGAGCAAAAGGUAACCACUGCUGGUCUAUUGUAAAAGAGAACUUUGACUCUUUGAUGUUAGUUUUCUUCUUUAUAUCCACUGUUUAAAAUGUUCUCCUUAAGUCAUAAUGUAUACCUAUUAUGCACUUAGUAGAUUUCAAAUUGUCAUGGUGACAUCAUGUUUUGUCUAUAGAUAAAUAAGACAGUCUUAGUGAAAAUAUUGCUUUCAGCCAAAGUCUUAACAUUUCCAAUUCUACUAAUGGUAAGUUUAAGUAGCAUGCAGCUAUCACAUCACUAGGUUACACAUACAUUAAGAUAGAUAAUCCGUAUUAGUCCCACAGUGUGGAUAUAGUGUU